AUGCAUCUUUCCGAUCUUCAAGUCGACAGUGUCCAAUCCGUAUUCCUUAAGACGAUCGUGCCACAGUUCGGGGUCCUCCAGUAUGAUGCUUGUGGGAUUGAGCUUCUGGCCAUCGAGGAAGUCCCAGGGGUCGACGAUAACUGGGCGUCUCGGCAUUUCGACAGUAUGUGUUUGAGGGCAGACAUCGUGAGGUCGACAUCAUUUAACGACGGCGACGAGGGCAUCUCCGAUGCCACCGUUAGGGCAGCCAACUCAGCCAGGUGCGCGGGUAUGUUAACGUCUGGACGUCAGGAGCCUCAGCAGCACGAAACACUAACAAACAACAAGCAGGCUCACAAGGUGGUGGCGUCGGGCGCCCAAUAUCGCCGUCAAUAA